GUAAAAGCACAUCGGCGCAGAAAGCCGCAAGCAGGACGCUAAUAAGUCUGUCUUAUGAUUUGCUCUCCAGUUUGACAUAUUUACGUCGUAUAAAAUACACAUUUGAUUCUAAAUUUAAGGACAUAAUCGUCUCGAUGCGCUAGAAGCACUUUGCUGGAUCUCGUGUUCGUUUAUUGUUAGUUAGCUUAGCUUUGCUAGUUAGCUUAGCGUGUUAGCUGCUAACAGAAGACACAGAAGUUAUCAACACAUCGCUAAGUAGAGAUCAAGUGUGAGAGUAAAGUCUUGCAAUUGUGUGAAAAUGUCUACAUUACACAUGUUGAGAGCGUUGGUGGACCAGCGACUAACUGCUGCCGUUGAAGAAAUAUUUGUCGUGUUCGAAAGAACGAUAGCAGAAUACGAGGCGGAACUUUCUAGAACAAAAGAGGAGAACAAUCAACUACUGGACGCUGUUUUCAAGAAGCAUCAAGUUGUGUUACUCGGAACAGAUCAUCAAGGACCAGAAGCUGCUGAUCAUCGUUGGCAGCAUGCUGCUGAUGGACUUGUGCAUCCUCUUUUGCUGGCAGAUUGCGGACCCGCUGGAGGAGUACAGCUUGGAGACGUCCAGCGGGUGUCAGCGGGGAGUCACCAAGAGGAGUGGCACACCAGUGUGGGACAGAAGGAGCUACAGACCCCCUUCCACAUUAAAGAGGAGCCGCUUCAAAGUGAGGAGGACAGAGGGGCGGAGGUUGUAAGUCAACACAUGACAGAAGCUGAUGGAGAGCAUUGUGAAGAUAUCAAGUCGGAACCAGACAGCAUCUUUGCACCACUGUCAGACAUGGACCACAUGAUGUCAGACUCCUCUGACCACAGUGACCACAUCCAAAAACCUUUGGAGAGUAAAAAGGACUCUAAAGAGGAUACGAGACAUCACACUAACAACAAACACUUUGACUGCUCUGAAUGUGGGAAGUCAUUCCGACGGAAGAGUCUUUUUACAAGACACAUGAGAAUACAUACUGGAGAGAAACCUUUUACUUGUUCUUUUUGUGAGAAGAGUUUCUCCACAAAACAUUACAUGACCACACACAUGAGAAUACAUACUGGGGAGAAACCUUUCCCAUGCUUAGUGUGUCCCAAAAGAUUCUCCAUAAAUUCUCACAUGACCAGACACAUGAGAACACACACUGGAGAGAAACCUUUUGCUUGCUCUGUUUGUAAGAUGAGUUUCUCCACAAAACAUUACAUGACCACACACAUGAGAACGCAUACUGGAGAAAAACCUUUUACUUGCUCUGUUUGUAAGAAGAGUUUCUCCAGAAAGCUUGACAUGACCACACACAUGAGAACACAUACUGGAGAGAAACCUUUUACAUGCUCUGUUUGUAAGAAAAGUUUCUCCACAAAGUCUCGGAUGACCACACACAUGAGAAUACAUACUGGGGAGAAACCUUUUACUUGCUCUGUUUGUGAGAAGAGUUUCUCCAGAAAGCUUAACAUGAGCAGACACAUGAGAACACACACUGGAGAGAAGCCUUUUGCUUGCUCAUCUUGUGCUAAACGAUUUAACACUAAGUAUGGAAUUAUAUCACACAUGAGAACACACACUGGAGAGAAGCCUUUUGCUUGCUCAGCUUGCGCCAAACAAUUCAACACCAAGUAUGAAAUGAUAUUACACAUGACAACACACACUGGUGAGAAACCUUUUACCUGCUCUGUUUGUGAGAAGAGUUUCUCCACAAAGCAAAACAUGACCACUCACAUGAGAACACACACUGGAGAGAAACCUUUUACCUGCUCUGUUUGUAAGAAGGGUUUCUCCAGAAAGCUUGACAUGACCACACACAUGAGAAGACAUACUGGAGAGAAACAUGAGAAACCUAUUGCUUGCUCAGCUUGUGCUAAACGAUUCAACACUAAGUAUCAAAUGAUGUCACACAUGAGAACACACACUGGAGAGAAACCGUUUAGUUGCACUGUGUGUGACAAAAAGUUCAGGUUCAAGAAUCAGGUCAGUAAACACAAGUGUGUAACAGUCAUGGACACUGCAGGGAUUUGAAAACACUUAAAGGCCUACUUGAAUGAGAUGUUCUUAUUUAAACGGGGAUAACAGCUCCAUUCUACGUGUCAUACUUCAUCAUUUCGCCAUAUUGCCAUAUUUUUGCUGAAAGGAUUUAGUAGAGAACAUCCACGAUAAAGAUCGCAACUUUUGGUCGCUAAUAAAAAAGCCUUGCCUGUACCGGAAGUAGCAGACGAUGUGCGCGUGACAUCACGGGUUGUAGGGCUCCUCACACCUAAACAUUGUUUACAAUCAUAGCCUCCAGCAGCAAGUGCAAUUCGGACCGAGAAAGCGACAAGUUCCCCAUUAAUUUGAGCGAGGAUGAAAGAUUCGUGGAUGAGGAAAAAAAAAAAUUAAAAAAGAAAAGGCGACGACUCCAGGUGACGGCAGUGUGAGCGAAUCAGUUGUUAUUAGACACAUUUACUUGGAUCAUUCUGGAAAAUCCCUUAUCUGCUUAUUGUGUUAAUAGUGUUUUAGUGAGAUUAUAAAGUCAUACCUGAAAGUCGGAGGGCUGCAGUGAACGCCAGUGUCUCUGAGAGAAGCCAAUGGAAGCCAAGAUCACAGCUGCCUUUUUGACAGCUACAGGAGGAGGUCGCAUCAUCCACUGAAGUCUCCGGCAAGAGCCACCUUAAUAUAACAAUUUCCCAUCCAAAAAGUUGCUGGUUGACGUAGAGAAACAUGUUUGCUUGACCGCUCUGUGUUAAAGCUUCACAACAAACAAAGAAACACCGGCUGUGUUUCGGUGCUAAAGGCAGCUGCAAUCCACAACUUUCCACCAACAGCAUUCUUCUUUGACGUCUCCAUUAUUAAUUGAACAAAAGAUUCAGCAACACAGAUGUUCAAAAUACUGUGUAAUUAUGCGAUGAAAAGAGAGGACUUUUAGCGGUAAGUGGUUGCCGGGGGCUAAGAUGUCCCCUCCAACCUGAGACGUCACGCGCACGCCUCAUCGUACCGAGACGUUUUCAGCACCACACUUUGCAGGAAAUUUCAAACUGCAAUUUAGUCAACCAAAAAGGCCGUAUUGGCAUGUGUUGCAAUGUUAAGAUUUCAGAAGUCUCCUGAAGAAAUAAAUAAAGUUCUGUCUAAUAUAAGCUAUCAGACUGCGUGGUCGGUAGUAGUGACUUUCAGUAGGUCUUUAAACAGUGAUUGUGCUAAAUGUACUUUAAAAACACAGCAUGUUUAAUAGGAAUGUAUAUUUCAUGUUGUAUGUGGGGGGGGGCACAGGUCCAGCGGACAUAUUACAAUAUCAUGUUAGACCCACUCGACGUCCAUUGCUUUCGGCCUGCCCUAGAGGGGAGGGGGGGGCUUUGCCCACAUAUGUGGUCCUCUCCAAGGUUUCGUCAUAGUCAUUCACAUCGACGUCCCAUCAUUAUUUUAUUUUGAUCUUUUAUUUUUUUUCUCCCCCUCCCUUGUUUACCUGUAUCUCACCUUUUUUGUAAGGGGCGCCGGAAGCCGUCAGACCCGUCAGCGAUUCUGUUCUGUCUCCCUGUAAUUUUUGUCUUAUCUUGAAUGGGAUUGUGCUGAAAAUGUUAAUUUUCCUGAAGGAAUUCUCCUGACAGAAUAAAUAAAGUACUAUCUAUCUAUCUAUCUAUCUAUCUAUCUAUCUAUCUAUCUAUCUAUCUAUCUAUCUAUCUAUCUAUCUAUCUAUCUAUCUAUCUAUCUAUCUGUCUGUCUGUCUGUCUGUCUGUCUAUCUAUCUAUCUGUUUCCUUGCCCUUAUGUGGGCUCUGUACCACGGAUGUUGUUGUGGCUUGUGCAGCCCUUGGAGACACUUGUGAUUUAGGGCUAUAUAAAUAAACAUUGAUUGAUUGAUUGAUUGAUUUAUCAUUUACCAUUGAGGUUCAUUUUAGCAUUUUUUAAAUUGAAAUCGGAGGGUAUAUGUUAUGGUUUGACUAAGGGAGAUGAAGGCAACAGACACCAAGGCG